CUUAAUUCUCUUGCGAUUUAAAAAUAAAAAUGACUCGAUCAUUCGAAUGAACAAUUAUUUGGAUAACUUCAAGAAGCAACAUUUAACCAAACACAAACGUCUUCGCCUCUCAGUGGUGAGUUCUUACAGAGGAUGAUGAUAAUUCAUAGCUCCUCUUCUCUAUUAUGCUCUUCAAAUUCCAGCUGCUCUGCGCCAAAAUCUUCACAUUAUCCCUCACUAAUCAAACCUUUUCAUACUGCAUCCCUAUUUUUAAAUCCCUCUUCGUCUUCUGCUAUCGUUCAAGCUUCUCUUGGUCUCAGAAUUCCUUCCCUUUACGCCACUGCUCUUACGUCUACAUCAGCUGCUGGAGAAAUUGUGCAGACAAGUAAUGGAGAUUCAGAGUUUGUUGAGAUUGGCUAUGUAUCUGAUGUACAUGGGCUUCACGGAGAGGUUCGCGUGAAGCAUAACACUGAUUUUCCUGACUUGCGCUUUGCGACGCCAGGAAAAAGAUGGUUGCGGCAAAGAAUUUCUGGAAGAGAGGAACUUCUUGAAGUUGAGCUCGAGGGUGGACGAGGCCAUCCAGGAAAUAAGAGUUGGAUAGUUAAAUUGAGUGGCUUUGACAGUGUAGAUGAGGCUCGACAGCUUGUCGGAUCAACUUUUCUUGUGAGGACUGUUGACAGGCCUGAGUUGGAGGAAGAUGAAUAUUAUAGUCGUGAUCUUGUUGGCAUGAGAGUUAUUCUUCAGGACACAGGUGAAGCAGUGGGCACUGUCGUUAAUGUCUUUAAUAGUGGUGGAAAUGAUCUCUUACAUGUAUUGCUUGAAGAAUCCACCGGAUCUCCACGUGGAAGUUUGCAACAGAAAUCAAAUAAAUCUGACUCUGGCCAUCUUGUUUGGAUCCCAUUUGUUGAAGCAAUAGUUCCUGAAGUUAACAUGGACAAAAGAGAAAUGCAUAUUACUCCUCCAAAGGGACUUCUUGAGUUAAAUUUGCGCUCAAAUGUGAUAUCCAAGAAAGAAAGGCGCGUAAUUGAAUGGAGGGAAAGAAAGAAGAUCCAAAGACUCCUUGUUUCUGCAAAAAAGAAAUUGUCGGAGUUGGAGCAGCAACACAUCUUUCAUGGAUUACGAUAUGGAGAAAAAUCCCAAAGGAACCUACUUUCUAGGCAGAUUAUCAGUGUAAAUUCAAACUUGCUUCAGCAGGCACUACAAGCUAUUGAAAAGCCCAUUAAUGGGCAUGACAUAGCGAAUACCAUGCCAGAUGUUGCCACAUGGACAUUUGGCAAUUCUUUGAAAAUAUCAGAAUGCUACCUCUCCAACAUAAGUGAAGAGAAGCUUGAUGCGUAUCCUGAGUUAAGGAAAACUGGAGUUCAGCUAAUAUCUGAAGGAAAAUUCGCUUCUGUCUUAGUAGUGAACGACAAAAAUCCAGAGAAGUACUUUGAAUCAAGUCAUGUGGACCUCGAAACAGUUGAAAAUCCAACCAUUUCUCACUUUGAGAAUUUGCUUUCAGAUGAGCAAAAAUUUAUACAGGCUGAACAGCGUGAAUCCAUAUCAAUAAUUGUAAUCUCACCAAGUGAGGAAAUUCAAGGACUUGAACAGUUAUUCACUAGUCAUGACUACUUUAAUUUCAAUCCAGAAAAGGUUAAAUUCGUAGCAGAGGAGAAACUCCCAGUUGUUAGCAGCUCUGCAGUAGAACAAAAGAACAAAGUACUGAUGAAAUCACCUUGGGAAAUACACCAAUCACCCAUUGGAUUUGGCGGGACAAUAAGUGCACUCUCAUUGAAUAAUGUUCUAGAAGAUCUUAUUGAAUCAGGGGUGGAAUAUAUAGAGGUGUGCUGCAUCAACCAAAGAUCGUUUUGUGGAAACCCUGUUUUUCUAGGCUAUGUACAUUCACAAGCAUCAGACAUCGGAAUUCUGACUUUUGAAGAAGCGUAUGAGUUCGAGGGUAACUUCCAUGUAAUACUGCCCGUGAAGUCUAUGCAGAAACUGGUUAAACAGACGGAGAAACUACCAUUUUCCGCUGUCUUGAAGUCUCAUUCGCACGUUGAGUUGAUUAACAAGGAGUGGGUAGAGGUUAUUCCGUCUCAUCCAAACUCCUACGAGUUUGGUUGUUCGCUUCGGAGGUUACUGAAUGUGUGCUCAUUAGACAAUGCUUGUCAUAUGGAGAUUACCGAGCCAGUAAUAUGUUAAGCUAUGACAGCUUUUCAUUCUGUACAUUAUAGAGAUUUUGUAGAAUGUAUAGUAACCCUAGUUGAAGUUGGUAGUUACAGUGUCGGUCCUGGGGGUGGGCUAGGAGUUAGGGCCCAGAAAUUAAAAGUACAAUUACGGUAACAAAAAGGACUUCUGAGAACUUAAUCAGAAAAAAAAUUGAAGAAGAAAUUACCGUAAAAUUUUGUACCAUCUGUUAAAUUCUUGUGAAAUUUUGUUAAAUUUAUUUUAAAAUAUUAUUUUUUAUUAUACGAUUUUUAUAAUUUUGUACGAUAUUUAUUUAGAGAUAUUGAGUUUUAAAAUUUAUUAUCAAAGAUGUAUGAAUAUUAGUGGAAUAUGAAUAUUGAAUCUAUGUUGAGUUAUAUUAAAUUAAAGAAAUGUGAUGGAGCAUUCUAAAUUUGACAA